GCAGGAAGCGCGCGGCUCCGCAGAAGCAGCGCGGCUUUUCUGCGCCUGCGCACGAGCGCCACUUCCUUUUCCACAUCCCGAUCGAGAGAGACGAGAUGGGCCAUCAGCAGCUCUACUGGAGUCACCCCCGAAAAUACGGCCAGGGAUCCCGAUCCUGCCGGGUUUGCUCGAACAGACACGGUCUGAUUCGUAAGUACGGACUCAACAUGUGCCGCCAGUGCUUCAGGCAAUACGCUAAAGAUAUCGGCUCCGUCAAGCUGGACUGAACUCAUGACCGCCGGUCCUCCGUGGAGAGCCCACCAUCCUGACGGCAUGAAGUUACUCUGAAACGUUCAAUAAACAUUGCUUUUGUUUCUGUUGA